GAGGUCAGAGGCUGCACCAAAACAUAGCUACUGGUAUUUGCAACGCAGGUAUCGGCCGUUGGUAGCGCAUAUACGAUGGCCUCAUUUGGUUGGAAGAGGAAAGUCGGUGAGAAGGUCUCAAAAUCAACAAUACAGCAGUUUGAGGCUGAAGCAGAAGGUGCCGAUGAUAGGGCUUACAAGGACGAUGAGGUGGACUGGCUCCAUGCAAUCAAAAGACGUCGGGAGGUGUUGCUGGGAGAUUGUGCACAUAAGAGCAAGAGACUCAAGGAUGAGGGUGCAUUGCUGGCUGAACAAGGCAGGCACUGGGAGGCCAUAAAGAAGUGGGAUGAGGCCAUUCAGCUCACUCCAGACAAUGCAGUACUGUACGAGAUGAAGUCUCAGUUGGAAUGCUCCCUGGAAAGCAUAGCCAGCAUAGAUCAGUCACUUGUGGCAACAUGUUUUGAGAGACCGAUGUUUGCAGCUGGAGAUUUCAAAGAUAAACCCUUAUCUGAAGCUGUAUUGACCAUCCUCCAGGAAGUGUUCCCAGCUGUGGAGGCAGCAGAGAUGGCAGUGAAGCUGCGUCCCCUCUGGUGGGAAGGUUUUCAGACUCUGGGUCGUGCCCAACUAAGCCUAGGAGAGAUUGAUCUGGCUGUGAGGUCCUUCCAACUUGCAAUACACUUGUGCCCAUCAGAGCUCACCCUGUGGCAGGAGGACUUGGCUUGGGCAUGGAAGCUGCAACAGCAGAAACAGGCAGCAAAAGAGAAGAGUCAACAGGAGGAAGAGAUCCAGAAGCUGAUACUCAAUGCUCCCGAGUUGGACCAGGACUAUGACUUUGAGUCUGAUGAGGUUAUAGCCGCAUGCACAGCUGUAGCUGAAAGACAGAAAAAUUAUGAGGAGUUGAAGAAGGCUACUGUGGUCUUAGACACUGAGGGGAAGAUUAAGAUUAUUUAAUGGAAGGAGAUGGAUCACUGGACACAGCCUCCCCAUUAAAGCAACAGUUUGUCAAAGCACAAGGAUUUUGAACAGCUCUCAGAUAAUGAAAGACUGUCCUGGUUUUAUUGCAAAACCAAGGAUGCAUGUAAUUUCUGAAAGAACUGUUGCGAACUGAAAACAACAGGAAAACCAAUUUAUUGUAAAUGUUAUAAAACAAUCACUAGUUUGAGUCCCUGUCCCAGCUGGAAAAAUGGGAAAUAUGAAAGACUAGCACACUCGGAUCAGUUGCAAAGAGUAGGAGCUGGUAGUUGGACAACACAGUUUCUGAAAAUGAAUGUGUUAAUGUACAGUAAAGCAGGGUGUUGCUAAAAAAUAGAAUGCAUGGUCAAUAAACCCACUCUUGUAAAUAAAA